CCAAUCAGAGCCUUAACCGACGGUUAGCUCCAAAGUUAGCAAAUCCCAAUCCAUUCCCUUCUUUCAUAAACUAAACAAUUCAUCUUUCGCACAACCAUCUUCAACACCACAAUGUCACUACCAGAUGAGUGUUGGGAAUCCAUCUUCAAAUUCCUCCUCCUCCUCCACGACGGCGACGGCAAUGACAUCCACCGCUGCUUCGAAUCUCUCUCCCUCGUCUCCAAACACUUCCUCUCCAUCACCAACCGUCUCCGAUCCUCCCUCACUAUCUCCGAUCCCACCCUCCCUUUCCUCCCUAAUCUCUUCCACCGAUUCCCCAAUCUCACCUCUCUCCACCUCACGCGCAUCACCAAACAAACUCACCUCCACGCGCUUCUCUCUCAAAUCUCCACUUUCCCUUUCAAUCUCAAUUCCCUCAAAAUCUCCAACCAAUCCACCAUUCCCGCCAACGGAUUACAAACUCUAUCCAAAACCUUUCCAUCUUUGAAAUCUCUCACAUGUUCAAACAUUGAUUCUAUCCAUGACAGCGACCUCGCUCUUAUCUCCGAUUCUUUCCCUUUCCUCGAAGAACUUGACCUCAGUAACUCCCAAAAAGAUGCUAAUGUUGUGUUAAACGCUAUGCUUUUGGAUCUUCCUAAUCUCCGCAAGGUUAAUCUCUCUGGUCAUUACAAUAUAAACGACUCAAUGCUUUUACACUUAUGUAAAAAUUCUGAGUUUCUGGAAGAGAUUGUGAUUUUGAGAUCCUCAUUCAUAACACAUGACGGUAUUGCUUUCGCAAUCCGCGAGAGGCCGGGUUUGCGGGUUCUCUCUGUUAGAUUGUGCUUAACUGGAAGCUAUUCAAACUUUAUUGACUCGUUGGUGAGUUUAAAGGGGUUAACUUGUCUUGAUUUUUCGUACUCGGCUGUCUCGGAUCAUUUGCUUUCGUCGCUAGGAGAGAAUGGUCUUCCUUUAAGGAAACUUAUCCUCCAAGGUUGUCGGGGAUAUAGCUAUGUUGGACUCUUUAAGUUGCUGUCUCAGUGUCGAUUUUUGCAAUAUUUGGAUCUUCAAGAUGCAUAUUUUCUGAAUGAUUUGCAUGUUAUCAAGUUGUGUUUGUUUCUUCGUGAUUUAGUGUCUAUAAACAUUAGUAAAUGCACUAACCUCACUGAAGUUGCCUUGUUUUCACUCCUUAGAAACUGUGCUAAACUUAGCGAGGUUAGAAUGGAAUACACGUGUAUUGGGGAAGUUGGCGAAGAGAACUACAAUACCUUGAUUAGUUUCUUUGUAAACCCUCAACUAAAGUCUCUCCGUUUAGCUCAUACCAGAUGGUUGAGGGAUGAACACAUCUAUAUGAUUGCUUCCGUUCUCCCCAAUUUACAACUCUUGGAUUUGAGUUCUUGCUGUUGCAUAUCUGAAAAAGGUACUGCUCAUGUUUUAAGGGAAGGUAGUAAGAUUAGAUAUUUGAACUUAACCAACUGUCUUGGAGUGGAGAUGCUUAGAAUGAACUUUAAAGUUUCUUCGCUUGAGGUGUUGAAUUUGUCGGAGUGUGGAAUUGAUGAUACAUCACUCUACGCGAUCUCAAAGAGUUGCUCUGGGUUACUGCAACUUGACUUGGGACGUUGUUUUUAUGUCACAGAGAAGGGAGUGAGGCAAGUCGUAGAAAGCUGCACGCAACUGAGAGAGAUAAAUUUGCAGGAUUGUUGUAAAGUGGCUGCUGAUGUUGUUGACUCGAUGGUAUUUAUAAGGCCUUCAUUGAGAAAAGUAACGGCUCCGCCUAAUUUUCCUUGUAGUGAAAGCAAGAGGAAACUCUUCUUGCGUCAUGGGUGUCUUGUUUGCUAAAAUGUUGGAAAUGCUUUGCUGAAGUUUGACCUCUAGAAAAUACUUGAGAAAAUAUUCUCUGACGCUAAUUCAUGCCCAUUGGUGUGUGGAUCUUAUUACAUAUACAAGAUUAGAAGCAAGCUAAUCAAAAUCAGAACAGCCAUUAAACCAAUUUGCUCACUAAUUUAAAAAUCAGAUUGGGAUCGGAAUCGGACUCAAACAACAUCGUUAUAAAUUUCCUUUUUAAAAAGGUAAAAGAAUGUGGUCUACCUACUAGAACUGGUCCAAUAACCGGUUUCCACUAGCUUGCUCGAUUUUACGAUUUUCUCACUGGCUUUAUGGUAGACCGAUUUUUAGGGUCUUCCGAACAAGACUAAUGACCAACCUGCCGGACUGGUUUUGAUUUCCUUGAUUAGAAGUUAGGAUGCGUGCUUGAAUGGUGGAAGUUCUUGGUUAACCUUACAGGCAACAACAUGGCUCAAAAUAAAAUUGAUGGUUUGCCAAUGCAUGCCUUCUAGUUGUCCAUUUUUGUUUUCCUAUGCCAUUUAUUGCUCAUUAUGUAGAAAAGUAGUCAUAUUUUUGUUGAUGCCUACAUCUUUGAUGAACUGUAGAUUUUCAAUAUUUGGAUAAAACUUAAAAGUACCAAAAUUAUUUGAAAAUUCACAUCAUAGAUUUUGUAAUUUAAUAAUAACUUUAUCAGUAUGAUUAUGGAAAGUGAAUAUGAUCCAGAAAUACCUUUACAGGGAGCUGCUGAGAGGUUUCACUUUCAAUAGUAAAGAUGGGUCAACGGGUGAUAAUGGCUGCCCAUCUUUACCUUUUACAUCUGGCUGGGGGAAUGCUAGUUAGUAAGUUAGAAUAUUUCUCAAGUUGAGAUCAAUUUUUUCUUUUCAGGUGUGUUGUAUUAGAUGAAGGUUAUUAAUAUGUGUUGAAAAUGUAGUGCUGUGUAUUCCUUCACAUUGAUUAAUAUUAUAUCAUUAAAAUGAAUAAAAAUGCUUCCACAUGUGUUUUUCCUUUUUGAAACUACUUUGUGCAAAUGUUUUUUUUUUAAUUCUAAAUUACUUUAUGCAAAGCAUGAAUUAUUUGAUAGUUGCGCUCAUGAAUUGAAGAUUGAUGUACCCAAUGUAGUUAGUGGUUGCACAUUCGUAAAUGUCUAAAAAAUGGAUGAAGUUUAGCUCCUAUUUAAGAAAAACCACAUUUAAGUUAUGGUCGUUCUUAUGAAUUUUUUUGUCAUGUGGGGUGAUGAAGUAUAUCAUGGCACCCCACCACAAUUCAAAAAGUCUCAAAAGUGAAUAAUACAGAUCACCUUAACAUAUGAUGAUUGAUGAUGCUUACCUAACAAGCAAAAGAACUUCUAGAAAUUCCUGCUUUCAACAGGUAUUAGUCAAAUCCAAUACAAGGGCCUCCACUUGUUCAACUUGAUGAGACUCACUUCUUAUCUCAUCAUAAUCCAAGAUUGGUUCAUUGUGUUGAUAAAUGAUCAAGUCAUUUGAUUUAUUGAUCAGUCUAAUCUUUCUUGACACCACCUUUUGCUUCUUGUUCAAUGCUUGUUUUGCUGCGAAUCUAGUUUCUCUUUUCUAGUUAGA